UCUACUUACUGCACCUGCUAUUAGAGACAACAGGUUUGACAAUUUAAGGUGGCCUACUGGUUGCUCAAAUAGAUUCUGUCUCCUCAGCCUAUCAUUGGUUUGAAUUGUCCUUGGGCCCUAUUUGUAUAAUUACUGCUUCUAUUUGAAAAAAUGUUGCCCCUCCCAAAGCUCAAUUCUUUGGGUGGUUGGCAUGGAGAAGGAGGAUCAAAUCAUCCAGCUAUCUUCAAAGGAUUGGAGUUCUCAAUAAUAAUGCUAUUGUUCUUUCUAUUUUCUGCAGGACUGAGGUGGCAUCUGAUGAUCAUGUGUUAUUGCACUGUCCGCUUGUUUGGUUACUUUGGUCACAUGUUAUUAGAUGGUGGGGUUUAGUUUGGGCAUUACCAGGCUCUGUUAAUGACUUACUCCAAUGGUGGGCCGGUGUAAAUCUGUCAAGACUGGAGAGGAAAAUCUAGAAUUCCAUUCUAUUUGCUGUUUUAUGGUGGAGGAAUCAAAGUUUGUGUUUGAAGCCAAGAUAAUCCAGAGAAUGGAGCUUCUAGUGCUAUCUACUCUUCAAUGGAAGAUGAAUUCUCUGACCCCACUAUCAUUUGUUGAUCACAUUGUGAGGAGGUUUGGAUUUAAGACAGAUUUGCAUUUGGAGUUUUUGUGGAGGUGUAUGAUCGCACAAUCACUAGAUUUAUUCGAUAAAUCUUGAAAGUUGUCGAUAUGUUUAGAAAGUUAGAUAUGCAUAGUUUUGGAUGGUUUAAACUUUUUGUAUAGUUUAGAACUUAAGGAUAUAGUUUUUGAAUGUUUGGAAUGUAUAGACAAUUG